AUGACGCCCUCAGUCGAAGAUACCAAACCCCCAGCCCCCUCAACGCAAAAGGAGGACCCAACCCACAAUGCCUCCAUCACCGCCAUCACCGACCCAGAAACCGCCCCCGGCCUCUUCACCGUCGACUCCGAUGCCCUCAAACUCGCCUCAAUGGGCUACACGCAGGACAUGCGCCGUAAAUACACCGUCUGGUCCGUGCUCGGCGUUGGCUUUUCCAUCACAAACUCGUGGUUCGGCAUUUCCGCCGCGCUCAUCACGGGUAUCAACUCUGGCGGCCCCUUGCUUGUUAUCUACGGAAUCUUGCUGAUUGCGGUGAUUUCGACGGCCGUGGGCGUGAGUUUGAGUGAGCUUGCGAGCGCGAUGCCGAAUGCGGGGGGCCAGUACUUUUGGGCGGGGAUGUUAGCGCCGAAGGGGUGGAGGAGGGGUGCGAGUUAUGUAACGGGGUGGGUGGCGUGGUGGGGGGCGAUGUUUACGAGUGCGUCUGUUGCGCUGGCUAUUGGAGGCGCGUUGGUGGGAUGUUGGCAGUUGGGGCAUCCUGAGUUCACGAUCAAAACCUGGCAUGCCUUCCUCGCCUACCAACUCGCGAACCUCUUCUGCUUCCUCUUCAACUGCUACGGCAAGAUCCUGCCCAUCAUCGGCAGCACCACGCUCUGGAUCUCCCUCUUCUCCUUCCUCGUCAUCCUCAUCACCGCCCCCGCCGUAGCACCAACCCACCAACACGCCCGCUUCGUCUUCGCCACCUUCAUCAACAACACGGGAUGGAGCGAAAACGGCAUCGCCUUCAUCGUCGGCCUCGUAAAUACCAAUUGGGCCUUUGCCUGUCUGGACUGCGCUACCCAUCUCGCAGAGGAAAUCCAUCGUCCCGAGAAAAUGGUCCCCAUUGCUAUCAUGGGGACUAUCGGGAUUGGGUUGGUGACGAGCUGGUUCUUCUCCGUUGCUAUUUUCUUUUCCAUUGUUGGGGAUUUUUCUGACAUUAGUGCGUCUUCGACUGGCGUUCCUAUCCUCGAGAUCUUUUACCGUGCGUUGAGGAAUAACGCCGCAGGUGCUAUUGCGCUGGAGUGCUUGAUUAUCGUCACGGGCAUGGGUUGUCUGGUUGCGAGUCACACGUGGCAGAGCCGGCUUUGCUGGAGCUUUGCGCGCGAUAGGGGUGUACCGGGGCAUCGGUGGUUGGCACAGGUGCAUCCGGUACUUGAUGUACCGCUGUAUGCGCAUGCAGCGAGUUGUACGGUUGUGGCUGUGAUGGGGUGUUUGUAUUUGGCGUCGCAGACGGCGUUCAAUUCAAUGAUCACGGCGUGUAUUGUUCUUCUGUACAUCAGCUACGCAAUCCCCGUCUCCUGCCUCCUGAUCCGAGGCCGCCGCAAUAUCGAACACGGCCCGUUUUGGCUGGGUCCCUGGGGCGCACUUGCGAACGUUGUGCUGCUUGUCUGGACACUGUUUACGCUUAUCAUGUAUUCGUUUCCUUAUACAAAACCUGUUAAGCCGGGUAAUAUGAAUUACGUUUCCGUGGUAUAUGUUGUUGUCGCUUCCUUUUCGGGUGCGUAUUGGUUGAUUAGCGCACGAAAGGACUAUAGUAUGGUGGAGGAGCGCCACGUAGAGGUGCUUGAAGGGAAGGGUGUGGACAGUUAG